AUGGCUGAUGUCCCGAUGACCGAUGCGCCCAGCGCGGCGAAGAAGAAGGGAGCCGCUUCUGAGGGCAAGGCGGUGGAUGGCAAGAAAAAGUUCGAGGUCAAGAAGUGGAAUGCGGUCGCUUUAUGGGCCUGGGAUAUAGUCGUCGACAACUGUGCGAUCUGUAGAAACCACAUCAUGGACCUUUGCAUCGAGUGUCAGGCUAAUCAGGCCUCGGCCACGAGUGAGGAGUGUACCGUGGCUUGGGGAAUCUGCAACCAUGCUUUCCACUUUCACUGCAUUUCGCGAUGGCUCAAGGCACGGCAGGUGUGCCCGUUGGACAACCGAGACUGGGAGUUCCAAAAGUACGGUCGAUAG